UAGCUGUUAGUCUGUCAGUCAGCUGUGAACACACACACACACACACACAUACUGAAGUCUGCCGUGUUUACUCUGCCUUCAUUUAUUUAUAUAUUCUUUCAUUCAUCACACACCUGUUGGACAAAAUGGGAUUUGUGCUCACCAAGAUGAUGGCUGUGGUGUUCGGUGACAAAGAGCACAAAGUCAUCCUUGUGGGUCUGGACAACGCAGGCAAGACCACCGUCCUCUACCAGUUUCUGACAAAGGAAGCCGUCCACACAACUCCGACCAUUGGCAGCAACGUGGAGGAGAUCACCGUGCGCAACACGCACUUCUUGGUCUGGGACAUUGGCGGACAGGAGAGUCUGCGAGCCAGCUGGUACUCGUACUUCUGCAACACAGAGAUUGUUAUUCUGGUCGUGGACAGCACCGACCGGGAACGUCUGACUCUAACCAAGGAGGAGCUUCAUCGAAUGCUCGCACAUGAGGACCUACAGGGGGCGGCUGUUCUCAUUCUGGCCAACAAACAGGACAUGAAAGGCUCAAUGACGCCGGCUGAGAUCUCCCAGUGUCUCACUCUCGACUCCAUCACAACACACUCCUGGCAUGUCCAAGCCUGCUGUGCCCUGACCGGAGAGGGUUUACCUGCCAGUCUGAACUGGAUGCAGACGAGGGUUGUAGCAAACUAAGACCACCGGAUCCAAGGCGCCCCAAACUGAGCCACCCUUGAAGGCACAGGCCUGCCCUGUGUCACAUUUUAUUUAUGCCUUAUUUAGUCUUGUGUGUUGCCAGACCUACAGUACAGUAUGUCUCAUCUGAAAGUAGGCCAUCAGCACCACACAACCCCAUUCCACCCGGAAACUGGCUGAGCAUGCACGUGGAUGAACCACAGAGAAACCUGGUAGAUUAUAGGCUUUGGUCAACGAACACCAGCCAAAAUGUGAGGAAUCUGGGUCUUUGUGUUUGUACACAGCGAAAAACCACUAAGUGGUUUGAUUAUGUUUUAGUAAUCUGGCAAUGACCGCGCUUCCAUAGUCUAUAACUUGCUGGAUACAGAACAGCUCUUGAAUCACAAAGUGACUUUCGCAGAUUACCUCGCCGAGCAUCGAACACUGUAACUGAAGAGGAAGCACACAGUGACAUGGAAUCAUGCCUGAAAACAAAAGGAUUGUUUUGUUAAACCUGAACAUAUACAGUCAUAUCAUAUGUAUUAUAAUUUAUUUAAAAACGACUACAACCACAAAGCUAUUUCAUCUAUAUACUGUAUGUUACAGCUAUUUCCUGUACAGAAAAAUUAACUAGCUGCAAAUGAUUUGUAAAUGAUAUGUAUAAGGUGUACUGAAUAUUGUUAUGUGUAAUUUUUUUUUAAAUAAAUAAAUAUUCUUGUAAAAUA